CCUGUGCGGGAGGCUGUGGCUCAAUACUGGCUGUUUGUUUCUCUUUUCUAGGCCUUAGCUUUUCCACCUGUGAAACGGAUGGCAGUGGAGUCCUCGGUAUGGGCCUUCUGUGUGAAUAUCAUUAAAUCAGACAAAGAAGGAGAGGAAGGGAACGCUAUUUAUAAACGGGAAAGCUUCUGUGUUGGAUGUGUUAUAGUAAGUAUUGCGGUAUAUCAGGCCUCGACCCGAACAUCUUUUACAUGUAUGAUAAAAUCCAAUGCCUUCAACGCCUUUCGGGAGGAUGUGAUCCCAGCCCACUUUGCAUGUAAGUAAAAACUGAGGCGGCCCGCCCAGGAAAAGUACCUCAACUGUGUCUGGCUUUUUAGUUACGCUGUCAGAGACGCUCAGUCUCUUCUGCCACGAGAUAACACCUGUCAAAGUCUCGCGCCACCAAGUUCAUUUAUGUGACCUCGCUCUAUAAGGAUGCACACUUUCUCCGCUGAAUUUUCAAACAGCAAGAGAGGAGCGGCCCCGGACAACUGCGCAGGCGCCUCUCCUGGCCCUGGACACCGCCUACAGGGCACUGGUGUCUGCGUGGAGAAACUCGCGGAGCCCCGCCUGAAUCUCAACACGCAGGCGCAAGGGCGCGUGCCCUGCGCUACCAGCUUUGAUUGGUUGCCUAGCCUAAGAGCACCGCCCAAUGGGAGGCGUGGAUAGUGAAGGGUCCCACACUCCUGAAGCGGAGGGUCUCUGUCAAGAGCGGCAGGGGCUGCUUGGAGGCACUGCCUGCCCCACAAUGGCAGAGAUGGUGGCAGAGGCUGAGAUGCCCACACAAUCACCAGGAGCAGUGGAAAUUUCAACUGCGGUGUCAGGGGAGCUGGCAGAGAUGACAACAGCAGUGACUGAGAUGACCUCUGGGGAGGCCCUCGCCUCCUCCCUCUUCUUCCAACAUCACCAGUUCAUGUGCUCUGAGUGUGGCAGCCUCUACAACACCCUGGAGGAAGUCCUCUCCCACCAGGAACAACACCUGCUCACCAUGUCAGAGGAGGAGACGCUGACCACCCAGGACACAGGCCUGGAGUCUGAGCUCAUGCCUAGCACUGGGGAGGGGCCCUUCCAGUGUGGUGAAUGCAGCCAGCUCAUCCUCUCUCCCAGCGAGCUCCUAGCCCACCAGGAUGCCCACCUGCAGGAGUCUGCAAGCCAGAUCCAGUACCAGUGUGGAGACUGCCAGGAGCUCUUCCCCUCACCCGAGCUAUGGGUAGCUCAUCGCAAGACUCAGCACCUUUCCAGUGCAUCGGACGAGCCACCACCUCCUUUGCCUCCCCCAAACCCCCCACCCCCGCCACCAGAAAUCAAGAUGGAGCCCUACGAGUGCCCUGAAUGUUCCACCCUCUGUGCUACCCCUGAGGAGUUCUUGGAGCAUCAGGGCACCCACUUCGACUCCCUGGAGAAAGAAGAACGAAAUGGGUUAGAAGAGGAGGGGGAAGAUGAGGAAGAGGAGGGGGAGGAGGAAGAUGACGAUGAUGAAGAAACUGAUGAGGAGGAAACAUCCACAGAGCUCACUGCUGAUGACACAGAAGGUGACAGGUCCACAGCUGACCCGGCUCGGAGCUGUGGAGAUUGUUCUCAGCACUGUACCUCUUCAGGGGCACGUCGCAAACACCGAAGGGCAUCUCAUGGCCCAGCAUCAGCCACCCACCCCUUCCACUGCAGCCAGUGUCAGCGCAGCUUCAGCUCAGCUAACCGGCUGGUGGCUCAUGGCCGGGCCCAUGUGGGUGGGACCUAUGAGUGUACCACGUGCUCCAAGGUCUUCAAGAAGGCAGCCUCUCUGGAGCAGCACCAGCGGCUGCACCGGGGGGAAGCCCGCUAUCUAUGUGUGGACUGUGGCCGUGGCUUUGGCACUGAGCUCACACUGGUGGCCCAUCGGCGGGCCCAUACUGCCAACCCACUCCACCGCUGUCGCUGUGGCAAGACCUUCAGCAACAUGACCAAGUUCCUAUACCACCGACGAACUCACACUGGGAAAAGCGGAACCCCCACCAAGGUAGCAACUGUCUCCCCAGCUCCAGCUGAGCCCACACCCAUGCCCCCACCCCCACCUGCCCAACUGCCCUGUCCACAGUGCCCCAAGUCCUUUGCUUCAGCCUCCAGGCUUUCCAGGCACCGGCGCGCAGUGCACGGCCCCCCUGAACGCCGACACAGGUGUGGGGUCUGUGGCAAGGGCUUCAAGAAGCUUGUCCAUGUGCGCAACCAUCUGCGGACCCACACAGGCGAGAGACCCUUCCAGUGUCACUCGUGCGGCAAGACCUUUGCUUCUUUAGCCAACCUCAGCCGCCACCAGCUGACCCACACAGGAGUGCGUCCCUACCAGUGCCUGGACUGUGGCAAGCGUUUUACACAGAGCUCCAACCUGCAGCAGCACCGGCGGCUACACCUACGGCCUGUCGCCUUUGCUCGUGCCCCUCGCCUUCCCAUCACCGGUCUCUACAACAAGAGCCCCUACUACUGUGGGACCUGCGGCCGCUGGUUCCGCGCCAUGGCAGGCCUUCGGCUGCAUCAGAGGGUCCAUGCCCGGGCCAGGAGUUUGACACUGCAGCCCCCAAGAUCACCCUCUCCAGUCCCACCCCCAGCCCCGGAACCUCAGCAGACUAUCAUGUGCACGGAGCUUGGGGAGACCAUCGCCAUCAUCGAGACGUCACAGCCGCUGGCACUUGAGGACACACUGCAGCUAUGCCAGGCGGCACUGGGGGCCAGUGAAGCGAGCGGACUGCUGCAGCUGGACACAGCCUUUGUGUGACAAGCGUAAGAGCAAUGAUCAAAGGGGUUGGUUAUAAUCUUGAGUCUAGGCACCUCAGGGGAGAAGAGGACCCCUUCUGGCCACCUAAUCUGGCACCCACAUGGCAGGGUCCCACCCUGCUGGCCUCUUCUAACUGCUGAGUCCUCAGGGUUUCUCCUGUCACCUUUCCCUGCCCCCGGUGAAACUGAAGCUCUGAGAAGUGAUGUGAUCUGUCUCAGCCCUACAGCUGCGCUGCAGAACGGGGUCUGCCAAGGCUCUUUGCACGGCAUCACCCGGUGCUCAGCAACAUCAGGUAACCUUUCCUGAGCACCAACCACACGCCAGGCCUGUGCCAGACACUCCCAUGGACCUCUUCAGGUCUCUCGCUUGUAAAUCCCCACCCCCAUCCCCAUCCCUCUGGACCUUGGGUUGCCUGGUAUAGGAAGGCACUUAGUUUCACGGGGCUUUUUUCAGUUUUGACAGUAUGGAAAGAAAUCUGUAGGUAACCCCAGGACUCAGCUCGGCCUGGGUGACGUUGAAGACCCAGGCAUGAGCCAGUCACGCUCCACACUCAGGCAUGCUCAGCCCAGUGGGCAACGGACUGUAGUCCAGACACCUUCACGUACACACAGCUGCCUGCGGCUCAUUCAGCCCAGAGCUUCCCUCACAUGCCAUGGUGCUGCAGGCUAAAGGAGAGUCAGGUCUGAGGAUCCCUGGGCCGAGGCGAGGAUGUGCAGGGACAGUGGACCUGAGAAGAGACUUUCUCGUGGGCCAGUUCCUGAAGUAAAAGUGGUAAUCUAUCAGCACAAGAGGAAAAUAACCCUUCAGGCAGGCCGUCCAGUUACAACUGCAGUACACACCCAACUGCCCAGCAGUAUCCGGCAGGACAUUUAAUGUCCCUUAGGCCUAAGGUGGACCUGUGUACACAUCCUGGUUGUAUGAGGAAGGACAGCACAGAGAACUGCCCAGGGUCUCAGGCUGUGAGAUGGGAAUCAGUUCUUAGGCCAUCUCUGCUGUUCUGAGUAAGACCUGACCCCUCAGUGACCACAGAGAACACUCAGUCCAUCCCUUGACGCAGAGCAGCCAUGCUCACCCUGCUUUGUAACAUGUCUGAGCAAGAGAGGAUGGAAUCAGUCCUGCAGGGCAGAAAGGGACCUCUGGGGCAGACGUAAGCAUCCAGCAAGGCCCAGAAAUCCUGGACUCCCCUCAAGGAUAUGUUCCAAAGUUACUUUUUCUGCAUCAGUAGAAUCUAUCAAGAGGACCCAAAGUUGCUCCCUCCCAGGUCCCCUCCCUUUCUGGAGCGUCCUGCCCACUCACUGCUUGGCACCAUGUAGAGACAGCAUUUCCUUCUGCCCAUGGUCCCCGCCAUCUGGCUCCAGUGUAUUUUAAAAGUCAAGGGGAACAGCCAGGCAGAGUGGCACAAGCCUGUAAUUGCAGUGUUUGGGAUCCUAAGGCAAGAUGAUCUUGAGUUCCAGACGAGCCUGAGCUAUACCGAAGACCAGCUCAAAACCAGAGAGGG